AUGACAACCCAGUUUCCAGAUGACUUCAAAUGUCCAAUUUCACUAGAGAUAAUGUCUGACCCAGUGAUUCUCUCUUCGGGUCACACAUUUGACCGGUCCUCAAUCCAGCAGUGGCUAGACGCCGGCCACCGGACAUGUCCAAUCACGAAACUUCCCCUGUCUGAACCUCCAUCUCUCAUCCCCAACCACGCUCUCAGAAGCCUUAUUUCCAAUUAUACUCUUGUCUCCCUCCCUAGGCCUCAGUCCUACCCUGACCCCCAAACCCUCAUCCGAACCUUAACCAAUCCCUCUUCUCCGGUGGACUCCAAACUCAACUCGCUAGACCAACUCAGCCGUGUAUCGAAGCGUGACUCAGCUGUACGUCGUCGUUUGACCGAGUCAGAGGGCGUAGUGGGCAGAGUUGUCGCCGCCUUGUGUGGUGGCUACGCUGGCGGUGAUGGCCGAGCGGUGGCAGCGACUGUGUUGACCAGCUUGGCAGUUGUAGAAGUGAACAAAGCCACAAUUGGAGCAUUCCCAUUUGCUAUUCAAGCUUUAGUUUCGCUUCUUCGGGUUGGAAACGGAAGAGAAAGAAAAGAAUCGGCGACGGCGUUGUAUGCUUUGUGCUCAUUUCCUGAGAAUCGUAGACGGGCCGUGGAUUGUGGAGCAGUGCCGAUUUUGAUCGAAUUGGUGAACUCGGGUCUCGAACGGGCUGUUGAGGUAUUGGGUUUGUUGGCAAAGUCUAAGGAAGGGAGAGAGGGCAUGAUGAGGUUUGAUGGGUGUGUGGAGGUUUUGGCGACGGUUUUGAAGAAUGGAACUUCGAGAGGUGUUCAAUAUGCGCUUCUGACUAUGAAUUCGUUGUGUUGUUGUAGUGAAAAGGCUUGUUUGGAAGCCUUGAAAGAUGGGGUUUUUGAGAUCUGUGUUGAAAAAUUGGAGGAUGAUAAUGAGAAGGUUAGGAGAAAUGCAAAGAGUUUGAUACAGGUUUUGCGAGGCAAGCAUUCAAUGAGGUGA